UUUUGAUGUGUCCGCCGCCAAAAUGCUAAUUUCACAGAAGAAAUAUUUUGCUUCUCGGAGGAAGAGCCCAACAAAGCGGCCCUGUAUCUUUUAAGCAAGAAAAGUAAAAAAAAUAUCUUCCGACGAUGUACGCCAGGACAAAUACGGGCAGCACACAUGGAGACUUUCAGGACAGAAAUGGAGUGAACUACGUUUCAUCGUCAGAGUCUUUCGGCCACUGCUCUCAAUUGUUCUGGAAAAAGGACCCGAACGAUUCCGGACCAAGUUCCACCAUCAGCUGGUGUGAUCAGCUGCCUCCGUCCUCUGCGGCCCUUUCUAGCCCCAGUCUCUCCUUGGAGUCCCGAGCACCAGCGCCUCCACCCCUGCCGCCAACUACAACAGCAUCAGACGACAUGGAAUCAGACGAGAGGCCGUAUGUCUGUGACCUGUGUAACUGCGCCUACAAGCACGCCAGCUCGCUCCUCAACCACAAGCUCACCCACAAGACUGGAGACUUCAAGUGUGACUUCUGCAGCAAGCCCUACACCAACUACAUGUCCCUACGGAACCAUAUGCGAAUCCAUGGUCAAAAACGGUAUAUGUGUGAUCUUUGUGGGAAGGCCUUCCGCCUUGCACGGUAUCUAAGGAACCAUCAGAGGAUACAUGAUGACGGGCCCAACCGCUUCGACUGUCCAUCGUGCUGCAAAAGCUACAGGACCAUGCUGGAGCUGGCCCAGCAUCGUUGCAGCGCUGCUGCAACUAACCAGAACCGGUUCAACUGCCCGUCCUGCUUUAAGAGCUACCGAACCAUGCUGGACCUGGCCCAGCACCGCUGCAGCGCCGCGGCCAAAAACCAGACUGGCGGUCGUCGUUCCAAUUUCUCUGUGAAUCCACGUCGUCAGCAGCAGCAGCAGCAGCAGAACAGUGCUAACUCUAUGAUGCAACCACAGCACGGAGGACACACCCAGCAGGAACCUUUACCUUCCCACUGUGUUGCAGCCAUGUCCCAGGGUGGGCCGGGUGCUGGUGUGUCCAGCCAGCCUGUUCCAGACCCUCACCAGCAGGGCCGGCCCAGCUCGGUGUCUUCUCAGAGCAGCCAGCAGAGUAUGAGGAGCUCAUCAACCAACAAACACGUCCCGCCUUCUAGUGCCACCCCGUCCUCCUACUCACUGCUUCAGCCCCUGGUGCCUGAGGUAAAGGAGAUGAACUCGGGAUACACUAGACUGAGCGCCAACCCCAUGAAGCACCAGGACACUUUCUCCCUGGCCCCCCAGCGGCCCCUCCCCACCAUCAACCCCAUAGGCCACUCUCUUCAUCCGAACGGAGCGCCCUCACUCAAGCCUUCCCCUGUGCCACGGACCAUCCAGGCCAUGCCCUGGGAGCAGCGCUCCCUCUACAAUCAGUGAGACUCCUGACAGCCAGUCGUCAAGUCUGCCACCCAACAACACAGCCUCUUCUUCCACCCUGCCCUUUUCACAUCCAGCAUUGAGGAUCGAGGACUCUAGAACGCCCCUCUGCUUUUCGAACCUGUCCUUUGGAAUGCUGUGUGUGGGAAUGGGGAAGGGCACUGUUGAGAACUAGUUGAGAUUGAUUUCCGAGUAGUUAGGUUUAAAACAAUGUGUUGCCUUGACCCUCAUGUAUGAUCUAUGCCAUGUAUUGGAUAUAAGUUAAAAUGUCUUUACCCUGAGCUGCCCUCUUGAUAAGAAUUUAUUUCCCUGUCCUUCUUUCCCCAAUAGUUAUGAAAAUAUCUAUCCUUCCCGUUAUGAAUAGUGCUCCCACACCCAUUUCCUUAUGUUAAAUAAAAUAGAAAGUUUUUUUUCUAUCAGGAGCCAAUUCCAAAUCUGGAACAAGAACCAAGUUGUCGUUAAAUGUUACAAAUUUCUUCCAUUGGUCCAAUAUGUUUGUAUUUUUUGAUAAAUGCAGUUUCUGGGAAAGGAAAAAGGAAAACGAUCUCUUUUUUUUUCCUUAUAACACUUUGACAUGCUCGAGAGUGAACAUUGUGUAUGUUGUUAGGAUGUGUCAUCCAAGCCACUGGACUCUCUCAGCACUCACCUGUUAUGUCCAAGCACAAAGGACCACAGCUGAAGCUACAAGUUUUAAAGUGGUCUUUACUGGGAGUUACUUCUGGAAGAUAAAAUGUCUCCAAACUGACUGUUACAGUGUUGAGCACUUUAAGAUAAGUGCUGUCAAACUACAGCUGUUGCCUCCUCCCACCCUGUGUAGAGCUGUAGCUCCUCAAACAGUAAGAGAAAUAAUGUGUUACAUCAGCCCCUGAUUCUGACCCAGUUACCCCCUCAGCAGUGACUAGAACGGACCAGGACUGAGCUCAGCAUCACAGCCAAAACCCAGGUCUCUGUAUUUAUAAAAAAAUAAAUAAAAAAAGAUACAUUUUGUUUUAAUAAAAUCAUGUGUGCGUCUCACUAUUCCCAGGAUGGGUUGAUGACUAGGUCUCAGUAAGCAGCCAAUCAUGAUUGACUUACAUUAACUUUGGAGUAUUUUGUACUGUUGAAUUUGAUGAAUAACGAUUAAUUCAUGGAUCCAGCAUGUAGUUAAUUUAUCUUCCUAACAUGAUGGUUGUUGAAAUACCCACAAUUCUACUGUCAUUGUCUUUCCUCUUUUUAAAGUUGUUUCCUAUUUUUAUUCCUGACAUGUUUUCAUUGUUGCUUUCUCUUUCCUUGUAAAGUGUCUUUGAGUAUUUAGAAAAGUGCUAUACAAAUAAAAAUGUUUUAUUAUUAUCA